AUGAUGAUAUUCUGGAACAAUCUCACUAUGAAGGAUCGGUGGUACCGUUCGGUGGUGUUGGUGGCGUUCAUAUCUCCGACCGAUGGUCAUGGUGGUAGUAUAUUUUCUCGAUGUGAAAAACCAGAUUGGGAGAGGGAAGAAUCGAGCGAUCAAGCAUCGAACAGAGGUGGUCUUGGUGGUGGUAUUGAGAUCUUCCGUUGGGAUUUUGAAAAUGGAGGCGGUAUUGGGAUCGUAGAGAUGCUGUUUCGAUGCAAUAUACUUGCGUUAGUCGGAGGCGAUUCUCAGCCUCAGUACCCUCUAAAUAAGGUUAUGAUCUGGGAUGAUCAUCAGGACCGAUGCAUUUGUGAGCUAUCUUUUCGAUCGGAGGUUUGUGGAGUUCGGUUAAGGCGAGAUCGGAUAAUUGUGAUUUUGGAGCAGAAGAUAUUCGUAUACAAUUUCACGGAUUUGAAGUUAUUGCAACACAUCGAGACAUUUGCGAAUCCCAAGGGCCUUUGCGAUGUUUCACAAGCUUCUGGUAAUUUUGUGCUUGUUUGUCUCGGAUUGCGGAAGGGACAAGUUAGGGUUGAGCAUUACGCUUCGAAGCGAACAAAGUUUAUCUUAGCUCAUGAUUCAAGAAUUGCGUGCUUCGCUCUCUCACAGAAUGGAAAUAUGCUUGCCACAGCCAGCAACAAGGGAACUCUUGUUCGUAUCUUCAAUACCCACGACGGGUCAUUGUUGCACGAGGUAAGGAGGGGUGGAGAUAGAGCUGAAAUACAUAGCCUUGCAUUUUCUCCUACGGCUGAGUGGCUUGCAGUCUCAAGUGAUAAGGGUACUAUUCAUGUUUUCAGCAUCACAUCUGUCGAUAAUCCAGACCUCAUUACCAGUUCAUCUCGACUACUUCGGUGGACUCAAUUCAGACUUCAAUGGGUUGACCAUAAAAUGUCAAAGAACAGAACAAAAGCUCAAGAACCCGUUUUAAGAAGGAAGGUGACAUACAAUAUGUUACAGGAGGCCAGUUGUAUCCUGCCCAGAUCCUGUUUGGCUUUCUGUACAUUGUGA